AUGUGGGAAAGGGCUUCGAGUGAAUUCCGUCGGACUCUGCGCUUUGUGGUGGUGACCUGGGUGCUUGCGAGAAUCGUUUCCAGAUGCGCCGAAGUUUUUUGUCCUCCAGGUUGUGUCGCAGCGUUGAGGCCGGCCAUCCCGGAAAUGAUCAACCCCGGGAUGGUCACCCCAAUAAAAGUCACGAAAUCGAUGGCAGCCUCAUCCCGGAGUCGCAGAGAGGCUGGCUCAUCUGGACACCCGGCCCAAGGCGCACAAAGGGCGAUGCCUGCCGGGCCUUUACUUGAAGUUUCCGUGGGCAAUGAUCACAGUUGCGCAUUGAAGACAGGUGGUAAUCUAGUCUGCUUUGGAUCCAACAAAAAUGGGCAAUGCGAUGUGCCAGCAGAUCUUGCCCCACUUCUGGCAGUCUCAGCAGGUGGAGGUCACACAUGUGGCAUAAAGAAAGAUGGCCAUCUAGUCUGCUUUGGACUAAACAAUUACGGGCAAUGCAACGUGCCUGUGGAUUUGGGACCAGUUUUGGAAGUCGCCGCAGGCCAUGAUCACACUUGUGCCGUGAGGGCAGAGGGCCACUUGGUUUGCUUUGGCAAUACUGGUUCUGGGCAAUGCGACGUGCCGGCGGACUUUGGGCCAGUGCUGGCAAUCUCUGCGGGCUUGUCGCAUACCUGUGUAGUGGGAGUAAGUUUUCAGUUGGUCUGCUUCGGUCACCAAUUUGGUCGAAAGGCCUCGUGCCCUCGCCAUGUGCCCGCUGAUCUGGGGCCUGUUUUGGCAGUCUCGACGGGCGCAACACAUACCUGUGCAGUGGGCCGAGAUGCCCGCUUGGUCUGCUUUGGAUGUUGGAACGACUCUCCCACUGCGUGUGAUGUGCCAGCGAAUUUGGGACCAGUUUUGUCAGUCGCCGUGGGUGAAGAUUAUACCUGCGCUGUAAGAUCAGAUGCUCAGCUGGUGUGCUUCGGAUCCAACCCCCUCGGGGCAUCUGAUGCGCCUGCGGAUUUAGGACCAGUUUCGGCAGUCUAUGCUGGUGUGUUUUAUACCUGUGCGGUUCGUAAAGAUGGUCAACUGGUCUGCUUUGGCGACAAUUCUGCUGGUCAAUGCAAUGUUCCCACGAUUUGGUGA